CUUGAACCCUAAAUUAAAAAACAGCCACAAUUCAACAAAAGCUCCCAAAUCGAUUCUGAUUUCUUCAUCAUAAACAUAUUCCGAUUUCGUCUUCUUCUUCAUUGUUGGUCACCGUCUUCGUGUUCCGUGUUGGUGUUCGUCUUCGUGUUCCGUGUUGGUGUUUGUCGCCUUCUUCUUCUUCAUCGUCUUCGUGUUGGUGUUCGUCGUCUUCUUCUUCAUCGUCUUCGUGUUCGUGUUUGUGGUCGUCUUCUUCAUCGUCCUUUGUAUUUCGUUGUUUCUUCUCUUGUUCUCUGUUUCGUUUCUUCUUCGUCAUGUGUUCGUGUUUGUGUUUCGUUUCUUCUUCGUUUGUAUUUCGUUGUUUCGUCUCUUGUUCUCUGUUUUUUUGGGAAAGAAUGUCUUGUCAUUCGUAUUUAGUUACAAGCGACAAUUCUCAUUUGAGAAUUAGAAGAAGAGAAUGUUUGUGUGGACUUGAAUCUCCUUUGUGUACUUCUUGGACGGCUGAAAAUCCAGGUCGAAGGUUUCAUGGUUGUGGAUUUUAUAAGUUACAGGGUAAAAAAUCUUGCAAUUUUUUUGAUUGGUUUGAUGAGCCAAUGACAGAACGUGCAAAAGAAGUUAUUAUGUCUUUGAUGAAAAGGAUUGAUGAAUUCAAGAAGAAAGAUAAUGUGACAAAAAAUUGUGAUGAUGAAAUGAAGUUGAAGUUGAAACGAAUGAAAGGCUUUCUGACACUUUCCUGGCUUUUGAUUAUUGUUCUUUUGGUUAUUGUAAUGUUGAAGUAAUUAAAAUGAUUGGAUUAAGGGUGUUUUGUAAUGAUGUAAUUUAGGGUGUUUAUGGUUGAAAU